AUGAGUUCAGAAGAUAUCUUCGAUUGUAUACUCCGCCUAGAGGAAACACACAUACAACAAGGCUUUGACGAAGGUUACGAAGCGGGUCUAGCGUCGGGUCGGGAAGACGCUCGUCAUCUUGGAUUGAAACUCGGGUUCGAAACAGGCGAGCUUCUCGGAUUCUACAAGGGCUGCUCUUCCCUCUGGAACUCACCUGCUCUCCUUGCUCACUUGUCUCCUCAGCUCCACAAGCACCUCCACGACUUCCAAGCCUUGCUCGAUAAGUUCCCGAUGAUGGAUCCAGAGGACGAAACCAAAGACGAGAUCAAGGAUGGUCUCAGGGUCAAGUUCAACAUCAUAUGCGCAUCUCUCGGCGUACCCAAGAAACAAUUGGAGGAGAUGUUGAGGAGAGAAAUGCUUGGUUGUUGCAAGGUUUACAUAUCUGAAGCGAGGAACAAGGCUGCCCUUGAAGCUAUCGAGAGAUCCGCAAAGACUUUUCCACCAGCUGCGAUUGUCAACAAGUUUGAAGACGCUGCUUAUGGCAGGGUUGGGUACACUCUCGUCUCCGCUCUAGAUCACGAGGGGUUGUCAUCUUCUUCUCCCCUGAAGAGUGCGGUUUUUGCGAUGGUUAAGACUGCUCUCGACGCGAUCAACCUCGAGUCGCAUUGUGGUUCCCAUCCCCGGCUUGGUGUGGUCGACCACAUAUGCUUUCACCCUUUGUAUGAGACCUCUAUUGACCAAGUUUCUUCCGUUGCUACUUCCUUGGCCAGGGAUAUCGGAUCCAUUCUCAGAGUUCCUACGUAUCUAUAUGGAGCAGCACAUGAGGAGGAGUGCACGCUGGAUUCGAUAAGAAGGAAGCUGGGGUAUUUCAAGGCGAACAGGGAGGGACAUGAAUGGGCAGGUGGGUUGGAGUUGGAGGUGGUUCCUGUCAAGCCAGACGCAGGGCCACAGGAGGUGAGCAAAGCCAAAGGGGUUGUGGCGAUUGGGGCGUGCGGGUGGGUCAGUAACUACAACGUGCCAGUCAUGUCAACUGAUCUCAAGGCGGUGAAGAGAAUUGCGAGGAAGGCAAGCGAGAGAGGAGGAGGCUUGGCUUCGGUGCAGACGAUGGCUCUGGUGCACGGGGAAGGAGUGAUAGAGGUCGCUUGUAACUUGUUGAAUCCAAGCCAAGUUGGAGGAGAUGAAGUUCAGGGACUGAUCGAGAGGCUUGGUGGAGAGGAAGGUCUGAUUGUGGGGAAAGGGUAUUAUACGGACUAUACAGCUGACCAGAUCGCUCAAAGGUAUAAGGAGUUGCUCAUCAGUUGAUAUAAUGCAUGAGUUGUUUGUUUGUGUUCAAGAUAAGAAAUUUUAAAGUCAAAAACAAUAUGCUGUCAUUCCCUUAUCUUAUAGGAAUAUUCAUUAGAUUU